AUGCAGACUUCAAGCAUUAUUGCUGUAAUAUUUUCUUUGUUUAGUGUCCUCCGCCUCUGCUCAGUUUCAUGGGCUGCACCAGAUUCAGCUCACUGGAACUUUUUACAGUGCCUUCACGUCCAUUCUAACUCUGACUCUGAACCAUCCAUCCCAAUCUCAGAAGUGUUGUAUACCCCAAACAAUUUUUCUUAUUCAUCUCUCUUGCAACAUUCCAUACAAAACCUUAGAUUUUCGUUGUCUUCUACCCCUGAACCUCUGCUUAUCAUCACACCAACGAAUGUGUCUCAUAUCCAAGCAACUGUUAUUUGUUCCAGAAAAGCAGGCCUCCAACUUAGAGUCCGAAGCGGUGGCCACGACUACGAGGGUCUUUCGUAUGUAUCUGAUGUCCCAUUCAUCAUUGUUGACCUGCUCAAUUUUCGAUCGAUCGACGUUGAUAUAGAAGAUAACGGUACUGCAUGGAUUCAAGCUGGAGCAGUUCUUGGGGAAGUUUAUUAUAGAGUUGCAGAGACAAGUAAGAUCCAUGGCUUCCCUGCUGGGAGCUGCCCGACAGUGGGCGUCGGUGGGCACUUCAGUGGAGGUGGGUUUGGUCUGAUGUUCAGAAAAUACGGCCUGGCUGCUGAUAAUAUCAUUGAUGCUUAUCUAGUCGACGUUAAUGGCAGAAUUCUCAAUAGAGAAUCCAUGGGGGAAGAUUUAUUUUGGGCCAUCAGAGGAGGAGGGGGAGCAAGCUUCGGUAUCGUUGUCUCUUGGAGAGUCAAACUAGUUCCUGUUCCGCCUGUGGUGACUGCUUGCACUGUUGAUAGAACCCUGGAACAAGGUGCAACAAAGCUCAUACAUCAAUGGCAAUUCAUUGCAGAUAAGCUCCAUGAAGAUAUCUUCCUCCACAUCAACAUAGCAGCCAUAAAUCAGAAGGGGAAUACAACUGUUCGAGCUUCAUUUGAGUCUAUGUUUCUUGGAGGUUCUGAGAAGCUUCUCCAAAUGAUGAACGCCAGCUUUCCUGAGUUGGGUUUGAAGAAGGAAGAUUGUGCUGAAAUGAGUUGGAUUCAAUCCGUGCUCUACUUCGCAGGAUUCUCAACCUCUGAAUCCUUGGAGGUUUUGUUGGACAGGAGGCCUCAGUCCAAGAGCUUCUUCAAGGCAAAGUCUGAUUAUGUGAAAGAACCCAUUUCAGAAACUGGGUUGGAAGGAAUAUGGAAAAGGCUUUACCAAGGUGACGGGGCAUAUAUGAUCUGGACUCCCUAUGGAGGAAGGAUGGAUGAGAUUCCAGAGUCUGAAAUUCCUUUCCCUCAUAGAAAGGGGAACAUUUAUAAGAUUCAGUACAUGGUGAGCUGGGAAGAUGAGGGAAUUGAGGCAUCCAAAAGGCAUAUAGGUUGGAUUAGAAUGCUGUACAAGUACAUGGGGCCCUAUGUAUCCAACUCUCCAAGGGCUGCAUAUUUGAACUAUAGGGAUCUUGACUUGGGUACCAAUAGUAAGGGUAAUACAAGCUACUCCCAGGGUAGGAUUUGGGGUGAGAAGUAUUUCAAGAGUAACUUCAAAAGAUUAGUACAUGUGAAGAGCAUGGUUGAUCCAGGUAAUUUCUUCAGAUAUGAACAAAGCAUUCCAUCAAUUCCUUCAUGGGGAGAGAAAUUAAGUAGGUAAUUAGAGAUAUCUUGCUUGUAUUGAUUUUGUAAUCAGUUGUUUUUAACAUUUGUCUUCUCAGUAUUUUGUCUACAAAAUGUUACACUAGAGCUGGGAGUGGGAUAUAUCUGUAUACAAAGUUACAUGUUCUUUUAAAUA